AUGCCACCGAGACGGAAUGCACCUGCGGAGAACGAUAAUAACCUCUCUGCGAUAGAUCGAAUGGUUCAGGCCAUGGAAAGGAUGGCUGAGUUGAUGCUAGCUCAGCAAGCUCAAAACCAAAAUCAGGGGCAGCCGAGAGUGGAUUAUGCUAAAGCGAUAGCCAGCCAACAACCACCGUACUACGCAGGCGAAAAGGAUCCGGUGAUUCUGGAAGAGUGGUUCCGAACCUUCGAUAAAUUACUCAACGCAGUGAAUUGCCUUGCGAACCAGCGAGUAUCCUCGGCAGUUUAUUACCUGACGAAAGCUGCAGACAAUUGGUGGGCGACGGUCGGACCUACUCUCCUGCAAGACCCAGCCUUCGGUUGGGAAGAAUUCAAGGUGGAGUUGAGGGAACAGUUCUACACUGAGCGUAUCAAGGGGAUUAAGUGUGAAGAAUUCCUACGAUUGAAACAGAAGGGAGCAACCAUUCAGGAAUACUACGAUCAGUAUGUGGAGCUGAUGCGGUUUGCCCAAGAAAUCGUGCCGGAUGAGGCAAGUAAAGUAAGGAGAUUUGUUCGGGGUUUGGACUGGAGUAUAAGGGGAAUGAUCGCACCCUUUAUGUGCUCUACUUUAAAGGAGGCGUAUGACAGAGCUUCGGAUCACUAUCAAGUAUACCUGGACUAG